AGUACGAUCAAGACAAGGCUUAUGCAGCUCAAGAGGGGUAUUUUCCAAGGUGACUCACUUUCUCCACUUCUCUUCUGUAUGGCUCUCAAUCCUCUAAGCAAGGAGCUGAACAGAACCGGUUACGGCUACCGGAUGACCACUGGGCAUGGUGAGACUGCCAAACGUCAGCUUAUCAGUCAUCUACUUUACAUGGAUGAUCUGAAGCUGUAUGGCAGAAACUCUGAUCAGUUGGACGGGUUGUUGCACACGGUUCGUGCCUUCUCUGAUGACAUCCAGAUGAAGUUUGGUCUGGACAAAUGUGCUGUUGCACACUUUGUCAACGGCAGGCUAUCUGGACACAACUCUGGAGUGACGGUAGGAAAAACGGACACCAUCAACUGUCUGGAACCGGGUCAAGUCUACAAGUACUUGGGUGUAGAUGAGAGUAACGGUAUUCAGCACAGCAUGAUGCGGGAGAGACUCCGUCUCGAGUACUUGCGCAGAAUGAUGCUCAUUUAA